UUUCACCAAAAAGAUGGGAUUUUCUAAUGGACAACUUACAUUUAUUUUUAAACGGUUACAGUACUACAAGGCGGUCUUCAAAACAGAAAGCAGUCAGAGCAUUAAACUUACAAUUGUCUGAUGUCAUUAAAGUGUUUGGUUUAUGCAAUCAAGAAGCAUUAUCUGCUGAAGCUAAAUUCGAUGCUAAAAACAUUGUUAAAAGCAAUAAAUAA